UCAAAUUCGCGGAGGUACAGAAAACGAGUUUGGCGCUCCCAAGCUGAAAACAAAAAGUAAAAGUAAGGUGCGCGUGUGUUUAACCAACAAUGAUUGUUAUUACGAAAUUGUUCAACAUAAUUAUAAUUUUUCUGUGCGCACAAUAUGCACUGAUUACAAAAAUCCACGCAUAUGAUCCAAAUGAUACGAAAAUAGUUGAAUGUUGCCUUCCACCAGCUGGAAUGUUCGAGGCCUUUUAUCCCCGUGAAGUGGAGGGUAUUCCAAACAGCGCUUCUCGUCCCGCUCACGGCCAUGGCAGUUUCUUCAAGCAUCGAAAUCCUGCUCUGGUGGACACCAAAAAUGCAGCUGCCUAUGGCUAUCGCUUCGAUGGCAAACGACGUUUUAAUUUUGAUUAGUUUGUAAGACCCACCUACAUUUCAAAGCAAUUAAUAUUCAUAUUCAUAUGUAAGCCCCAGUUUGAAGAAAGUUAAUAAAUGAAACGGAAAAUCA